UUGUUCAUUGGUGAGGUGGGAAUUUGUAGCCGUGAAGCAAAGAUGAGCUGCAGGGCUGUGUGCUGUCACCGCUGGUCAUCUGAGGAGAGGCUGGACAGCAAAACAGCCAUCAUCACUGGAGCCAACACCGGCAUAGGCAAGGAAACGGCGAGGGAUCUGGCAGCAAGAGGUGCCCGCAUCAUCAUGGCAUGCAGGGACCUGGAAAGAGCAGAGGAGGCGAGAUCGGAGAUUUUGGAAGACACUGGUAAUGCGAAUGUGGUUGUCAGGAAACUGGAUCUUUCUGACUGCAGAUCCAUUCGAGCCUUUGCUGAGCUCAUCAAUAAAGAGGAGAAGCAAGUCAAUAUUUUGAUAAACAACGCAGGCAUUAUGAUGUGUCCGUACUCCAAGACCACAGAUGGCUUUGAAAUGCAAUUUGGAGUCAACCAUUUGGGUCACUUCCUGUUGACGUACCUGCUGCUGGACCUGAUCAAAGUUUCAGCUCCGGCCCGCAUCGUUGUGGUGGCAUCGGUGGCUCACACCUGGACUAGCCUUCGAUUGGAUGACCUGAAUAGUGAGAACGGCUAUGACACCAUGAAGGCCUACGGGCAGAGCAAACUGGCCAAUGUCCUCUUUGCACGAGCCCUUGCCAAAAAGUUAAAAGGAACAGGGGUAAGCGUGUUCUCUCUACACCCCGGUGUAGUGCAGUCGGACCUGUGGAGGCACCAGCAUCAAUGUAUCCAGGUGGCUGUGAAGAUCUUCAGAAUCUUCACAAAGACAACGGUGGAGGGGGCUCAGACCACCAUCUAUUGUGCUGUGCAGCCUGGCCUGGAGAGCCAGAGCGGAGCCUACUUCAGCGACUGCGCCCCAGCAAGAUGCUCCAGAAGUGCCUCAGAUGAUGAUUUGGCCCAGGAGCUGUGGGAGAGCAGCUGUAGCAUGCUUGGCAUCACUUGGCAGUGAAUAAUGGAUACAUUACAAUGCUAGGAAGGACUUUGUAUCAUGUUAAGUGGGAAAAGGCAUCAUUCAUAAAGCACUAUUUUGCUAGGGGCAUUAAUCUACACGUACUGUAGGGAUUACCACCAAUUUAUUUUAUAAAGGAUCAGAAGUAUUCUAUAUUUGGUGUCUAUUAUUUUUUUUUUUUUUUCAAACAGCGUAAUGUAGACUGCAACGCACACACUUAAAUGUAUCACUGCGUUGCGCAUUCACUUGGGUGAACAAUGGGUGGAGGAAAAAAAAAAGUUCUAAUCUAAAUCACAUGAGAGUUUAUUAACACCUG